AUGAUGGAUCCAUAUGAAAGAUCUCAUGUUGCAGAUGCUAUUAGAAGUGCCGUUUUCUAAAAAGGGGAUUACGUUAUUCGAGAAGGAGAAUAAGGAGAUAUUUUCUAUAUGAUAGAGGAAGGUGAAUUAAUAGCAACCAAAACUUUGAUUCAAGGAUAAGAACCCACUAAAGUCUUUUAAUAUAAAGCAGGUGACUAUUUUGGAGAAUUAGCCUUACUCAAGGACAUUCCAAGGUAAGCCAAUGUUGUUGCUGAAACAGAAGUUAAAUUGAUAUAUUUGGAUAGACAUAGUUUCAAAAGAAUGUUAGGGCCUUUAGAAGACAUAUUAAAAAGAAACACUGAGAAAUAUGAAAAAUAUGAGUAAUAUUGGAUCAACUAAGGUAAAUGAAAAAAUUAUAUAACAAUUAAAUCUUUCUC